AAACCACCUCUUGCCGCACGCGGUCAAUUAGGCGCAGGUUUAUUUGCUCACCCCGAUCUCGAUUAUCGUCGGUCGCUUGAACCUUCAACCGGGAAUGCAUUCUACGGCAAUGGCUGCACCAAUUGCGUCCUUGGCUCCCCUCGAGUUCGCCAAUGGUUCCGCUUCGUAUACCUCCCCGACGGGUGACCAGAUACUUGGAUCGGUCAAUGGUCCCAUUGAAUUAAACCGUCGCGAUGCCCAAAAGCCGGACGAAGCGACGCUAGAGAUAGUGAUCAAGCCGGGAGUCGGUGGAAGCGGUGUUGGCGAGAGAUACGUGGAGGGAAUCCUGCGUAGUGUUUUGAGCAGAGUUAUCUUGAUGCGCGACAAAGCCAUGGCACGCAGAGCGAUUGUGGUAACGUUGGUCGUCGUGAAGAAUAUGGUGGCUGAGGGCAAAGUCGAUGAGCGGGGUGGUUCGUAUCUUCCAAUUCUCCCUUCGCUUCUUCAUACCGCACUCCUCUCUCUUAUGUCAGCUGCAGUUCCUAUGUCUAUGAUCUUCACAGCUGCUCUUGUGGCUGUCACCUCUCACAACGAGAUUGUGCCACACCCUUCACCUAAAGUCAGCAAAGCUGCGACAUCCCUCCACGUGCUCGCAUUUUCUUCCAAGGGCCAUUUACUCCUAAACGAAAGCCAAGGCCAGUUCAACAUAGAAACGUGGGAGAAAGUAUACGAUCUCGCCGAAACAAUAUGUCGAGGUGGAACAAAGGUUCAGCUUAUCAAAGGUGGAGACGUUUCAAUGGAUGACGCCGAGAUGGUACAAAGUUUAGAGCAGCUCGUGCGAAAGGUGGUGAAAGAUAAAGCUCGUGAAGAUUUUGCGUGGAAAUUGGCUACGACUUGAAUCAUAUGGUGAAAUUGGGUUUGUUUCGAAUUGCCUUUUUAAGGAAAUAUUAGCGGGCGCACACCCGAUAUCUCGGAGAGAUGCAAAACGCCGCACAAGGAGACUUGAGUCCGACUUUGGGAGGGCAGGAUAUUGUUUAGAAACCCGCGCUCUCGGAUAGCUUGCAUUCCCC